GAGUGAAGGAGGAACAGCAAGUACCCGCCUUUCAAAGAGCUUCAACGGUGCCAAAGGAGGCAGUGCUAGCAGCAGCAGCAGCAGCAGCACAGAAUCUAUUCCAACAGAAGACUUCACUCAAAGGCGGCGGCGAGAGCGGCGGGGCUUCUCGCUCCCGCAGCAGCGGCGACCGCGGCGGCUUCCGGAGUCCCGCCGCGAAGAUGCUCAAAGUCACGGUGCCCUCGUGCUCGGCCUCGUCCUGCUCUUCGGUCACCGACAGUGUGGCCCCGGGGGCCGGGAACCUUGUCCCGGAUUACUGGAUCGACGGCUCCAAGAGGGACGCUCUGAGCGAUUUCUUCGAGGUGGAGUCGGAGCUGGGACGGGGUGCUACAUCCAUUGUGUACAGAUGCAAACAGAAGGGGACUCAGAAGCCUUAUGCUCUCAAAGUGUUAAAGAAAACAGUGGACAAAAAGAUCGUAAGAACUGAGAUAGGAGUUCUUCUUCGCCUCUCACAUCCAAACAUUAUAAAACUUAAAGAGAUAUUUGAAACCCCAACAGAAAUCAGUCUGGUCCUAGAACUUGUCACAGGAGGGGAGCUGUUUGACAGGAUUGUGGAAAAGGGAUAUUACAGCGAGCGGGAUGCUGCGGACGCUGUUAAGCAGAUCCUGGAGGCCGUUGCUUACCUACAUGAAAAUGGGAUUGUCCAUCGUGACCUCAAACCAGAGAAUCUUCUCUAUGCAACUCCAGCCCCAGACGCGCCACUCAAAAUCGCUGAUUUUGGACUCUCCAAAAUUGUGGAACACCAAGUGCUCAUGAAGACGGUGUGUGGGACCCCAGGGUACUGCGCACCUGAGAUUCUUAGAGGCUGCGCCUAUGGACCUGAAGUGGACAUGUGGUCGGUGGGAAUAAUCACCUACAUCCUACUUUGUGGAUUUGAACCAUUCUAUGAUGAAAGAGGCGAUCAGUUCAUGUUCAGGAGAAUUCUGAAUUGUGAAUAUUACUUUAUCUCCCCCUGGUGGGAUGAAGUGUCUCUAAAUGCCAAGGACUUGGUCAGGAAGUUAAUUGUUUUGGACCCUAAGAAACGGCUGACUACCUUCCAAGCCCUGCAGCACCCAUGGGUCACAGGUAAAGCAGCCAAUUUUGUGCACAUGGACACGGCUCAGAAGAAGCUCCAGGAAUUCAAUGCUCGACGUAAACUUAAGGCAGCAGUGAAGGCCGUGGUGGCCUCCUCCCGGUUGGGAAGCGCCAGCAGUAGCCACGGCAGCAUCCAGGAGAGCCAGAAGGCCAGUCGAGAGCCAUCUCCAAUCCACGAUGGCAACAAAGAUGUUAAAGCUGUUUCAGAAGAAGAGGAAGUUCAGGGAGAUGGGGCCCAAGUGGCAGUUGAGAAGGCAGAAGCCGAGCCAAUGAAGAUACAGGCCAUGGAGGCAGUUGAAGAUGCUGUUGUAAAUACUCCUGAGGCCACCAACAUGGUGCCCGAGGCACUAGAGGCUGGAUUCAAGCUGGCUGACCCACAAGUGGAGGAGGGCCCUGAAGAGGAGAAGCUGAAGACUGUGGAGGAAGCUGCAGCCCCCAAAGAAGAGCAAGAAAACCCAGCUCUGGGAUUUGGAACUCAGCAGAAUGAAGUGAUCCUGCCAGAGUACUAGGUGGCUUUCUCCCAGUCUGGAAGCCAAAUCCUGGUACUUGAUGCAUUGUUGUCUUUCAGUGAGGAAGGUGUGGAAGCAUGACAUGCACUAUAGUAAUUCUGUUUUUGAGGUGCAAAAAAAUACAUAUAUAUCAGUUGGUAAUCCUAACUUCAAUGCAUGUGACUGCUUUAUGAAAAAAUAGUGUCUUCUAUGGUAAGUAAUGGAUACCUAAUACUGAUGAGUUAAAUUUGAAAUUGCAAGUAAACACAACAUAACAUUUUACAACAUGCAUUUUCAGGGACCAAUAGCACACAUUUGAGGUAAAUAUUAACAAAGGUUUUUUUGCUUUGAAAACCUAACCAUGCUCUGCCCUUUGGAUUUCCUCACAAGGCAGUCAGCCAUCCCUUCGGACUGUUCCUCAGCUAGUACUAGGUGGCGCCCUGACGCAGGCCCCUGUCUACUCACAUUCCUCUUGUCAUGGGUUCCAGUUGUUUACAAGGAGGUGGUUCUGCAUCACAUGUGUAAACACAUUUGGUACGUGCAAAAUAAGGAAUUGAAGCAUACUUUACAGACCAUGACACCAUAUGCUCCAAAGCUUGUGUGAAGAAUGCUGUUUUAUUUUGUCCCUAUUUAUAUAAACUUUAUUACUAAUAAGAUGUCCUUCUGGUGGACAACACUUCAGGAAGAAUAAAGAAUUUUAGGGAAGAAACGGAGAUAAGACCAGAACAAGGCCAGGACUUGGAAUAACAAAGAUUGACUCCUUGUCAUUUUUUCAACUAAAGUGGAUUUAUUAAUGAGUUUGUACAACUUUAAGGAUAGGAGCAUUUUUAUAGAUAAAGUCUAUAAUUACUGAGUUUCAAAUAUUUAGAAAAAUCUAUCCCAUAGGCUGGUGCCAAACUGUCUGAAUAGAGUGGAAAGAGUAUUAUUCCAUUAUGAGAACUUUCAUUAUUGACUUUACUAGAAUAAGGAAACAUUUUUGUUUAUAAAGUAUUUUUCCACUUCAAUUGAUAGUUAUUUAGACAUACUGCUUAUAAACUAAAGAUAUUUCUGAAAAGCUAGUAUAUCUUCUCACACUUGGAAUCAAAGUGCCCACAUUUUGCAACAUGGUUUAGAAUGUCUUCAUUUCAGUUUAGGACAGUGAAAUUUUUUAUUUACCUUAAAAAACAAAAACAUAAGAAACAAAGAAUAAAACCUAUUUCAAAUCAGACUGGAGAAGCUGUAACAUUAGACUUGAUACUUUACUAUGAUUUUUUCCAAAAUAUAUUUCUUUGAUUUUCAUAUAAACACUUUUCCCUUAUAGAAGUCACAUUAAAAUUCCAAGUAUCUCAGACUUACUUCUAGUUUGAAAUGAAAUAAACAUUUUUAUAAAAUCAUUAUGCAUCACAGUUUAGUACCUUUCCUUAAUUUCAAAAGAGAAUUAUAUUCAAAGGACAAGAUGAUAGACAAGAAAAAUGGCUAUUACAUAAAAAUCGUCAUCCAAAAAAAGAGAUCUUGAAUUAUUCUGGCUCUUCCUCAAAAGUAUUAAAUUGGAAAAUGAAACAAAAUCUCUGGUUUCUGGGGGCAUUUGGCCCUGAGCAGGCUUUCUGCUUUCCAAGCACAAAUCUUCAUUUACUGCUGUCCUCCUGAGAGGAAAGCGAGGUAGGAUUUCUCAUCUUCCCUGGUUCAGAGGCCUGAUAGAUCACCGACAGGGAGUAUGUAGCCCUUAAUCAAGUCACAUCAUCUGGGCUCAGAGCAAGAUUACUUUUUCGUUUAUUGUAUCAACUAGUAGAGACUACUUAUUCUCUUCUUCUGUGUUUCUGUCCUUUAUUCUCUCUCAAAAUUUCCAUUUUAACUAUUAUGAAGGGCUCACUAUUUUUAAUUGUUAAGAAUGACUUUUUUACUAAGCAUUAAGAUUUUCAUUUAAAAAGAUCACUUGGUAUACUUUUUCCAAUAAGACUUAACAGGUAUAUAUAGUAAAUGCCCCCAUCCAUUCAUUACAAACAGGAGGAAGAGAGGGAAAGAGCCCUUAUUAGAGAGUGGUACUUCAUCGGAAAGAUUGGAACCUGUCGUCCCUCCCAGCCCAUGUCCGCGUGGUUCCAGGGGCAGUUCUGUCCGUCUGACGCUCCAUGCACAGGGCUGGCUGCAGGGCUGGCCCUGUGGACUGUGGGAAUAGCACAGGAAAUAGCACAGGAAAUGCCAGGGCUGACAUGUGUGUAAGAGUUUUACCCACUUAAGUGAGUACACAUGCCUAUUCCUUGGUGAACACUUGACCGUGUGCGGGUAAUUUCCUUUUUGUUUUGUUUUGUUUUGUUUUAAUCUGUAAAUUCUACUCUUUAAAAAAUCAAUGGGAGUUUUAAAGUUUGACUUGGGUGUUAAAGAUUAAGUCCUCACAAUGCCUAAACAGUGGCUAAUUUAGUCAUUUCAGUGGAAAACAAGUCAAACUUUCAUAAAAAUAGGUCAUUUCAGCCAAGAGACUCAAAGAUUUCAUAGAAAUAGAACCUAAGGAUAAUUGGGUUAAUGUUUUGAAAGCACAGCAAGCAUUUAUAUAUUUGUUGAAAUGGGAUGUAUUAUCUUUCUCAAAGAUUACUUAGCUAAAUAAUGGCAGAUAAACUAUAAUUUGACGUACUACUUCAUAACGUUACCCCUAACUGACAAUAGUCAAAUUAUAUUUAAAGCAAAAGAAGUAAGGGAAUUUCAGCAAAGAACAAUAAAUUAUGUUUUGCAUUUUAGAGCUGACAGUUAUAUUAUUACAUUAUUAAUUUUUGUUUUCAGAAAUGUUCAGAUGCACAGCAUAACCUAGACUGUUUUACCAUGGAGAAGGGCAGUCUUCAUCUCUCCCCUUUAAGAAGACUAAUUGGAAUCCCAGUGAUUUUUCUCAGACCAUAAGAGCUCAUUCAUUCCAUGAAUACAUAAAUAAGGUAGAAAUUAGAAUAAUAUGGUUGUGAAAGUUAUCAUCUAGAGCAAGCAUUCUCUAACAUAAAUAUGAUGCAAGCCACAUACGUAGUUUUAAGUUUUCUGUUAGCCACAUUAAAAUUAGAUAAAAUUUAACUGCAUUUUAAUCUGAUAUAUCCCAACUGUUAUUCCAACAUAUCAUCAACAUGAAAAAUUAAUACUUUAAAUUUUUAUUUUUAUACUGUUUUCAAAAUCAGGAGUACAUGUCACACCUUUAGUAAGUCAAGUGCUCCGUGGCCACAUGUAGCUAGUGGCUACUGCAUUGGAACAGUACUGUUCUAGAGUGUUUUUUAAGCAAAAUGAUGCCUGAAUGUCUGUGCUUAGAUUACAGCUGCCUCAGUUUUCCACACAGAUGAGUUGAUAGGAGGCCAGAAGGAAAAUGUUUCAGACACGUCACAGACUGAACUAAGUCAAAACUCCACUGGCCACUUCUGCCUCUUUUUAGAAAUCUACCAAAGCUUACCAAAUUUGCAUGAUGAAGAUCACACAAUGGGAAUAAACUCCCCCAAAUGUGAAUAUAACCAUCAGCAGGCAUCUUUCAGAUUUUCUUAGAAGGAUUUAAUCAACACUGCCAUCACACAUGGAUCCAAAAGACUUUUGGAUAUUUCUUACAUACUGCUGUUUUAGAAUAAUCCUCAAGGUUCUAGAGCCAUUUUUAGUGGCAGACAUAAAAAGAAAGAACAGUUUGCCUUUUACUGUGACCUCAAUUACAUAGCAUUUUAAACAUAUUUUGUAAUUUAGCAUGUUUAGCAAUUCUUAUUCCCAGGUUCACAUGCAAGGUAACUGUGUGUGGCUUACCUACACACCGAAGAUUUAGAGUCAUUUUGUUUCAUAAUUUCAUAAUUAUGCUUUUUUUUUUCACAGAAGCAUCUGGUUGCAUUUCAAACUUGAAAAACAUAUACAUUCCAGGAAAGGCAAAGAACAAAAUUAGUAAACUAUUCUGUUUUAAGAUUGUUCUUGCAAAAAUAUGCAAAAAAAAGUCAACAAAGUGAAUCAGCACUAGAUUUUUCUUGAUGAAAGUCAACUCCACAUAUAAUUGACAUAAAUAUACUAAGCAGAGCCAAUUAACAUAAUUACAAUGCCAUUAUGUAAUUUACUUGUCAUUACAGAGUAUUCAGUAUAGUACUUUAGAAGGUGAAAAGUUUACAGACAUUUACCUACAUAAUAGGAUUUGUAAAUCCUUGUAAUUACUGCCUAUUAGGUCAUAUGCCAAUUUUCUUAAUGCUCAACACUGAUAUGUUUCCGAUCGGGGUUAUGGCAAACAUCUGCACACUUACUGGUUAAAUGCUGCUUAAUGGUUAGACUCUGUGUGUGUCUUCAGUGUUUUUAAAAACAUUUAUGCACAUAUAAUCUCAAUAUUGGUACAAUAUGCAUAACCACAUGAUAAGCAGAAUAUACCCAGUAAUUUUCUAUAAUAUUUUGCAAAGUCCUUUUCUUCCCCUGAAACAACUCAGAGGAAUUUUCUGAUUCCUUGACAUAUGAGAGAAAAAGAAAAAAGACCACAGGGGAAAUAUUACCUUUCCAUCCAUGGCAAACAAGGUCAGUAUUUUCUCUUUCUACAUCCUGAUAUAGUAAGGACCAGUUUUUGUCAUACCUUUCAGAUAUCACCUGACAUCAGAUAAUCUCAGCUCACAAAGUCCAACCAUUUAUAUCCUUAUCUUGGAGAGCAACUACAAAUUUGACUAAUUGAUUCUUCCUUGUUUAAAAUUCCAGUUCCUAAAUGCUUGUGAUAUACUUGAAAGGAUUCGAUUGCUUGAUUUGAACUUCCUUCACUCUCAGCUUCUUCUCUGUCACCUGCCCGAGAGGUCCACCUAGGGCAGGAUGCAAGUCCGUCCAUGACAGCGACCAGCUGGCUCCUUCACAGGAACCAGACCUCACUCUAGUGAAGACUCCAGGCAUCUGACCUGGUUGAGCUCAAGUGAGCCAAAUGGAAGAAAACCUCUUCCCAUGCUCUGAUUGAAAGUGAUGCUGUUGAAUAUUGGUGUGUUGUCAUUACUCAGUAAUGGGAUUCCACUGAUCAUUCACUCUUCCCAAUAUCUUGGUUUGCUACCACUUGUCCCAGAUCUUUGCUUUGCUCCAUCUCUCUGGCCAUUGGCCUGCCCUCGAGGAUGAGAGAUCCUCUUUAAAACCCUGAAAGGAGCAUCCUGCACUGGCUGCAGGAGUGUGGGGCCCUUGGUAGCCCAGAAUUUAGUUUGAAACUAAACAGCAGUGAUGACUAUAAAAUCACACCAUUCUUUUUAGUAGGUCUUUCAGCACAUUUUAAAGAAAUGUUGAUGUGAACAUCUUGACCUGGAAAACCCAUGGAUAUGGAAUAUUCAUAUCCAUGGAAUCUUUGCUGUGGCUCAUUGUAUUAAAGAUGAUAGGUAUUUCAUUUCAGUCAGGUUAAGUAAUAAUCUUUAUUGUCCAUUUAAAAGAUAAUGUCAAGCUAUGUCAACUGCAACAGGAUCCCGUCAGAAUUUUGAGAGCUGUGUUGCCCCCAAGCACGCUCACCCUGACAAUCAGUUGUGGAUGACAAAAAAUUUACUAGGUUUCCUCUUUCUCUGUCUUUUCCUUGAUACAGGAAGAGUAGUUAAUCUGGUCUGUCAAUGAUACAAGUAAGUAUGACUAUAAAUUGAAAACUGUCGUCUCAUAACUGCCUCCUUUAACCUGACCUAUUUUAGAGCCUAUCACACAGCUAAUGUGCAGCAGCACAGGAUACAGAGAACGUACUCAUGAGCUACAGUCCCGUCUACAUUCACGCUGUCAAGGCUAUUAUUUGUGUCAGAAGUUCCUAAGCUGUUUCCGUUCAUGCAAUGUCUCAGUAAUAUUUCCAUGUCCCUCUAAAACCACCAGAAUUACCUAAUGUCCAUUUAUUAAGUAGUUAGGUCCAAACAACAUAAUAAUAGAACUGCACUCCAUGUCUGACAGAGGUUGCUGAGUUCCCCUUGAAAUUUUAAGAUCUCCUGUGAGUUCAAUGAGUGAAAACAGCAGACAGGGAUUUAAGUGAUGCCUUGUGCCUGAUGAACGCACAAUAUCAGGGAAAAGGGAUUAUUAGUAGAGGUGUCAGGGGCUUUUGUUUGUGCUCUUUCUUAUUUGAAUGCCAAUCAUCCUCUUAUCUAUGGCCUUUCUGAUAUGCACAUAAAAUGUGUGUGCAUUUUUUAAAAAGUAAUUUUCACAUAAUUACCUAAGGAAAUAAAUUUCAAUCUCCAAAGAUCAGUUUUCAGGAGUCAGGCAAACUAUGGUUCACAGACUAAACCUACCAGAGACCAGGGUUUUUUUUUUUUUUAAUAAAAUUUUACUAAACCAUGACCAUUCUCAUUCAUUUAUAUAUUGUCUGUGGUUGCUUUCAUGCUUCAAGUACAGAGUAGUUUCGACAGAGGCCAUAUGGCCCAGAAAAACCUAAAAUGUUUAUCUGACCUUUUACAUUAAAAACUUAAUGAAAAAAAAACAACCCUGAUUUUUCACGGCCCCCCAUGCCUUUUGGUGGUGUCCAGGAAUACAGAAUCCCACACUCCGGAUUUCUCCUCCUCAGCUGAAGGCUGUUACCGCCCUUUGUUGCUUAGGAAGGUAGGAGAGCGUGUUUCUGUUGCAGGUGGUCCCACCACGGUGAUUGUGCUGAAAGGAAAAUUUAGCAAAGUUUCCCUACAGAACUAAAAAUGGCAUCAUUCCUGAAAAAAAAAAUAGACUAUAAACUGACUUGGGUGAGAGAGGAAUUGAAAAGAUUUCUACACUUUGGGAAUGUUUUAGAAAUUUGGUCCUUAUAUUUAAAACCAGGUAAAUAUCUUACACUGGUGUUUUUGUUCACAUUUAAGUCAGUCUGGAGCUGUUGCUUAGUAAGCUAAGAAAUAAGAGAGCCUGUAGUUCUGAAUCCUUCAGAAUAUUUUCAGGUGUUUUCUAUCAGUUGGAUUUUCAUUUUAUCAUUUUUAGGAAAUAAUGUGCCAUGUGAUAUGACCUUCUGUGACAACGACUUGCUAACAGCCAGGUCUUUUGUGUGAGAAGGCUACUUUUUAAUCCUCAUGUUUUUCUGAGUGUUAUAUAUUUCAAUUAUUGAAAAGAGAGGAUCUUGAAUGAAUGUUUUCCUUUACUGUUCUUACAUAUUUAGAAAUCCAAAAAGGACCCUUCUCUUAGUCUCUUUUUGUCACAGAGAAAUUAUUCCUUCCACAGUAUCUGCCUUAAGGGAAGCUGGUGACCCAGAUAUUGAGAGUUGUAGACAUGCAUGACCUUUGUGUUUGACUUUGAACAUCUGCAGCCAAAGGUUACAAAUGAGAUAUUGAGUAGAAAAACCUACUAUCCUCUUACUGUUAGGAAUACCUAAAAUUAUAUGACUCUUAUGAGACAACACACUCUCUUCUCUAAACUGUUGCAGCAAUCAAUAAUAUGAUGUAACUCUUAGAGGGAGAGACCUGGUUCUUCUUGCUGAUGCCAUGAAGAAGUACAGAUCAGCAAGUCUGUUAGUAUGCAAGCAGGGUUUGUUGGUGAUAUGUUUGCAUGGAAGGAGCAGCCCUUGUAGAGGUUGGGGGCGGGAGAGGCAUCAGUUCAGGGCAAAGCAGGGUAAGGGCAGCCAAAGGCUGGGGUGGCAAGCAUGCCAGGUCCUUUGUUCUGAGGACUUACACAGUUGGCAGGAUGGCAGUGAAGAAGUUAUAUAUUGAUUGACAGGUGAAGAUGGUGCCAGCUUUGGGGAGCGAGGAGGCCUGAAUACCCAAAGUUGUUAAUGGGCUUCUCCCUUUGGUCACUGUGAGCCCUUUCCAGCCUCUCAGGCCUUGGGAUGAAAACACAUAGUUCCAAAUGCUUUCUUUCCCAGAGAGUGGAAAAGAUGUAUAGAAUUUCAAGGGCUUCCCUGCUUCCUGCCUUGGUUUUCCUCCUGGCUGCUCAUUCUACCAUAACAUAACCGCUGGGACACACUGUAGAACUCAGGGAAGAGAUGAAUCGUAUGCCAGCUUCUCUUGGUUGUGUGUAGGAGGGAGACAAUUAGAAUGGAAGAGGGAAAAGAUAAAAUGUAGAUUAGGAUUCCACAUUCCUGCUGCUCGUUCUUCUUAAUUGCUGUUUGAAGGCAGCUGUCAAUGUAUUGAAAUGAACAUUUCUACCUUUCUCAAUAUCAGGGGCACCUACUUCCCUUAGAAAUGAAUAGACCAAAGUCAAUAGUUUUCCUCUCAGAACCAUUUUAAACAGUGGAGUUUAGGGGAUAUUAGGUCUACAUCGCAAGCACACUGUAAGGAAAUAAUUUGCUAAUUUUGAAGCUCCCAGGAGUAGCCCACCCCAGGAACCCGUUUUUCUCAGUCAACUUUCACUGAGAAAGAGUUCUGUACAGUGAGGGAGGCAGAGAUGAAUUCAGCUACACAAGAAGUGAGCUCUGUAGAUGAAGACAAGUAAUCCAUGGAGCCCGUGCUACAUUUAGGCAGGCAGUACGCCCUCUAGGGAUGGAAAGAUAAAGGGCUCCCUUCUGCCUGGAAUGAUCAAGGAAACCCUCAUGGGAACACAGGCUGGAUUUGAAGGGUGGGUAGGGUCUUUGCAGGUAGGGAUGUGGAAGGGGUCAAGUUUGGCUGAGAAAUCUAGAGUGAAGAAAUGCAAGGCAAAGUGGUGAAGGAACAUCUUGGGUUUGAAAGGCUAAAAUCUAAGGGAAGUGCUGCUAAGUCUGAACAAGUCUCAGAUCCUGUACAAAGCUGAAUUAGACAGACCUUGCUCCUUUCUUAUUCUGGGUAGAUACUCUGUGCAUUUCCUGAGUGCCUAGCUCUCUGGGAUCUCCUACAUACUUUACUGUGGGAUAAUUUGGCACAUCCCUAAGCAGGAUAAAAAUCAAGACAGCAAAGAAAUGUUUGCAAGUUGCCAGUUGAAGCGAAGACUGCAUUGGCUUGGCUAGGCCUCCACUGACAAAGCAGAGUAAUGACAGUGAUUAUCUGAGUAAGUUUUGCAAAACUCCAGUAUCUGAAUAGCUCUGUGACUAGAAAUCACCAAUUGACUUGCUAAAGCUUUGCCAAUGGAGGCUCACAUCAAGGUUACUUCUGCGUUAGUUAUUUUAACCCUUCAAAAAU